AUGGCCAGAGGACAGCCUCGAUCGACACCGCCGCAAACCAACCCACCGCCCGCCGAUGUCGACAUGACGGACGUUCCGAACCCCGCUAGCCAGGGUGAGGAUGUCCGCCCGGUAGACCGUACACCGACCAGUAACCCCUCGUCGAAUUUGCCGCUGCUUUACGAUCUCGACGCCCUGGCCCAAAUCCCGCAGGGAGAUUUCACCAAGGACGUUCCGCCCGCGCCCAUAGGGGAGUUCACGAAACCACGCAAAACGUCGACGCCGACGGAUGCAGGGGAGGCCGGGCCGUCGCAUGUGCCGGACGGAUCGGGCGACCAGGAUGAGGAAGAUUAUUCAUCGGCGAGCGACGAGGACGACGAAGACGACCCGCGGCCCCGACGAGGCACUGGUCCGCGCACGUUGGAAGAAAAACUCAGGGGGGAACGUGCGUUCAUAGAGGAAUUUCUGGACGAGGACGAGCUUGAGGAUCUGCUGCACACGUCGGUCCCUCGAGAAAUGUGGAAGGCGGCCGACUUCGUAGAGGAAGAUAUGGUGUACGCGUACGUCGACGUGCUAGUGAUGGAGGCAAUGCGCCACCUGAAAACCAUAGAGGCCAAGAGCACGCUCAAGUCCUACACCUCAUGGAUAUACGACUACAAAAGGUGGGCGGCGAAGAUGCUUAAAAAAAUAGGCGACAAACUGCCGACAGCAGAACAAACGAGGCAUGUCGACGAGAUAGGGCACUGGACACACAACAACAAGAGCAAGGAUUGGGACAACGAGAAGGUGGUCAAGCGGAAGCACAUAUGGCUGCACGGCCCUCGGGUCACUAGUACGCGGCUGCGCGCCUACAUCAAGUUCAUGAGGCGGGAGUACAAGAUCGACGCCGAAACGAACGCGCCAGUGCAAGCCUACACGGUGCACAUGAUCCUCGGCCGCAUCAAGGCCUGCCAGAUGGCGGCGAGGGUGGAGGCGACGCUUUACAAGGAGAGGGAGUUGGGCAUCAUGCGGGAAAUCUCGGUGGUCCGGUCGGAGGUGCUCACGCUGCUCUCCCACCACAGCCUCAUGUGCGGUGCAAGCAUCCGCGAGAUAACGCUCCCCGACAUCUUCCUGUACCGAGUGGCGAGCACCUCGUCGGUGAACCUGGAUAACCAGCCGGUCGUCAUGGUGGUCGCCGCGCGUAACUCGAAGACGUCGAAGGAUGCGCGCCUUCAACAGAGCUACGCGGCGAGGCACCUCGAAGCGGAGUUGUGCGCCGUCGGCGAGACCGGGCUGUGGUUACACUUCGUCCUCGACCAGAUCGGCCAGUUUCAUGGCGUCGACCUCAUUCCGCCGGUCGACACCAGCACACGCAAGCUCUGGUACAAGAAGCACCUGUUCUUCGCCCGCAACGACCCCGAGCAGGGCGAACUCUCAGCUCCCAGCCACCAGCGAUGGACGAGGCAGAUGUGGAAGACGAACGGGGUGUUCUGCAAGCGGAACGUCCAUGCCACUCGGGCAGGUGGGGCGCAGGAGCUGGCCGUCCACGGUACACCUCGCACCGAGAUAGCCGAGCUGGGUCACUGGGCUCUCGACAAGAUGACUCGAGCCUACAUCACAUCCAUUCCCGUCGACGUGGUGAUGAAGAAGGCUGGCUAUUCGGGAUUCACGCAGGACUACUUCUUGGGCCGCAGCAGGGUGGAACCGGGAGACGAACUCCUCGCUCUCAUCGCCGAGCACAUCUUCCCCGGCGUCGACGACCUCCUCAAGAAGGCAGAAGAACUCGCGAAGAAGGGGUCCAACGCCGACAUUGCGGCCGUGCAUUUCUGGCGCACCCUUGUGAUGUUCCGCCGCAUUGUCGCCGAGGACCUCGCGGAGAUAUCGGUCCGCCAUGACGCCCAGUACGCGGUCGUCUCCCUCACGGAGACGCUUAAGCUCGAGAGGGAGCGGUCAACGGUCCAGAAGCUCGACCUCGAGGAGAGGAUCGAGAAUCGCGACGCAACCAUCGCGUCGCUCGCGGCCGAGAUAACCCGCCUCACCGAGGCUCUCCGCGUUUCAGAAGCUCGAAGGAUGCCGGAGGCGCCGCCAGCUGCGAACGACCAGUCGCCGAACGGCGGUGGCUCCGCGGAGCCGGAAAGCAGGGGUGAAGGAGCCAACAAACCCAAUAAACCCCCACAGACGGUCGAGGAGGCUAGCUACGAGCUGAACGUAGUGCAGCCUUGGCGGACUGCAAUGACCGUCAAGGACGCGUGGCGCCUCUGGACCUCGUGCACCAGCGCCGACACCCGUCGUCUGUGCGACAAGUUCAGGGAGCCGGGAUUCGUCGACCGCCACACCCUCCUCGACGGAGCCUCGCAGGGAGCACACGGGAAGAGGGUGCGCUGCAUGAUGAAGGUCAUCGAUGCGGUGCGCCAACUUCGCAGGAGUGACGGCAAAGCCGACACGGAAGCCACCGUCGACACGCUUAAUAAGAUAGCGGCGCCUGGCAUUGGGACCUUCGCGGAUGCCCUCACGGUGCUCAACGCGGACGCCGUAGCGACCUAUGCCGGGCAGGGUAAGGGCGUCAAAGGGCUCGGCAAGACGGAAGUCUCCAAGCUUCGUGUCACCUGUGCGUUCGUGGCGCGCGGGUUCAAGCCUGAAUUGUGGGUCGCUGACCUGUUCCCGGACACCUGA